CGGUGUCUGUGCUUCCCGCGCUCGUCACAGGUGCUUUGAAUCGAGCCCAGAGUCCCCUUGUCAGGACCUACUCCAGCGCAUCCCGCAUCGCUCCGCGGCCCCCGGGAUCUACAAGCUGACCACCCCGACUGCAGCAGAAGGUGGUUUGUGUACGGUUACCAUGGAGACGCUAGCCAGCCUGGCAAAGCAAGGGAGCUGGAGGGCGGGAGGGUAAAGUGAGGAUGCUUCGGCGCUCGGCCCCAACCUGGACCAGUGGAGGAGCAGCGGGCUUUGCCCAGAGUGAAAGAGCCGCUGUGCACGCGGGAGGGUGUGUCUCUGAAGACCAUUUUAAUUUGAAAGGAAAGAUGCUGUCAUCCAAUGAUCAAAAGUUAGAAAAGCUGGAUCACUUUCAUCGACCUUCAGUGUCCAAGCAGAAGACCAGUGCGGAAAUCAUAAGUGAAGCACGGAAUGCCUUAAGAGCAGUGAGAACCCAAAGACCAUUUACACCCCGGGAAGACCAGAGGAAGCUGUUUGGGCCUGCCUCGUCAAGAGCCCCAGAAAACAGGCCUCCCUCCUCUUUCAGCCUCCAUGCAUCCAGCUUUGAGUUAAGCGAUUCCAGGCCCAUCUCUGGCACCCGUCUCAGUCCACUCGAGCUGAAACCCAGAGCUCCAGCAUCUCCCACCAUAGAAGAGGAUGCCUGUCUGUCCUUCCCUAAACCUCCACUGGACCCUGCAAAGAUAAGAAGAAUAAGUGGUUCUCGUGCGAAAUUCUACAGGGCUGCCUCCCAGGGAAUUCUUCUGUCUGACAGAUCCCUUGCUGCUGCCCACUCAAAGACCAUGGAGGAAUCCAAAGAGACUGUUACCAUGGGGAAUUCUACAGCAAAAAUAAAUGGGACUUAUUUAACAGUUUCAAAUGCCAUCGGUCAUUUGAAGAGUCACCCACUCCAACUCACUUAUGAACAAGGCUUCAGAGAAACCAAAGAGCAAGAAGUGUUCAAGGAGCCACCCCCAUCACCUCAUCUCCGAAGCAGAGGAAAUGAAGCUGCACAAAGGAGGCAUCGUGGAGCCAGCCUCACCCCUGGCCAUGACUCGGAGAGAAUGGACAGGGACCAAGGGAAGUGGCGUACCAGGGCCUCCUCGUGUCCUAGCAGUUCAGACCUGAGCAGACUGGAAACCAGAACAGCCUCAAGAACCGGCUUACAGGAACAGGAGACAGAAACAGAAGUAGACGGAGUCUUUUGGAAAACACGGAUUGUACCGAUUUUGCAUGAAUUAGAAAAGGAAGAAGACAUUGAUGCAAUGUGUGCCGCCUGCACGCAGCUCCAUCAUGUGUUGGAGGAAGGGCACAUGCUUGGAAAGAAGUUUAGGGGAAGAAGUGUCCUGCUGAAGACCCUGUAUAAACUAGUGGAUGCUGGCUCAGAUUCGCUCAGCCUUAAACUUGCAAAGCUUAUCCUAGCACUUAAAGUGAGCAGAAAAAACCUUCUGAAUGUCUGCAAACUGGUAUUUAAAGUCAGCAGGAGUGAGAAGAAUGAUGUCCUGAUGCAGACCGACAAUAUCCUGGCAUCAUUAUUGGAGGUGCUGAGAGGCGAAGACCUGCAAGGUAACACGGAAGCCUUUUUAUACUGCAUGGGAGCUCUGAAAUUCAUUUCCGGGAGUCCAGGAUUUCUUACUGAGAUGGUCAGCAAAGGUGCCGUGGAAAUACUGACAGAGUUGAUAAAGCAAGUGAAUGAGGACACGAAGAAACGCAGCACAUGCCUGCCGGAUUCCGGCAACUUGUUAGUCCAGACAACUGCUACUUUGAGAAACUUGGCGGACUCACCACUGACGAGAAGCAAGCUCCUGAACAUCGGAGCCUUCCCCCAGCUCUGCACAGUGAUGGAACAGUACAUGGACGACAAGGAUGUCUGUACCAAUGUCGCCAGAAUAUUUAGCAAACUGACCUCUUACCGAGACUGCUGUGCAGCCCUGGCCAGUUAUUCCAGAUGCUACGCCUUGUUUCUGAGUCUCUUGAACAAAUACCAGAAGGAACAGGAUUUAGUAAUUCGCAUUGUUUUUAUCCUUGGCAACCUGACAGCAAAAAAUAACCAAGCCCGGGAGCUUUUCUCCAGAGAGAGAGGGAGCAUCGAAACUCUGCUCACACUAUUUCAGAACUACCAACUUGACCAGCACUCCCCAAGGCUGGGGUUCCCAGGAGCCAGGCCCCCAGCAGAGGCUGAAGAUGUGCUGGUCAAGCUGACCCGAGUCCUAGCCAACAUAGCCAUUCACCCGCGCAUCGGCCCAGUGCUGGCUGCCAACCCUCGGGUGGUAGGCCUGUUGCUGACCACGCUGGAAUCCAACUCACUGGGCGACUGCGAGGAGCUGGUGAUCAAUACCACAGCAGCCAUCAACAACCUGUCAUUCUAUCAAGUGAAAAACUCCAUCCUGCAACACAAAAAGCUGUAUGUUGCUGAAUUGCUCUUAAAGCUCCUUGUGAGUAACAACAUGGAUGGAAUCCUGGAGGCCGUUCGUGUCUUUGGAAACCUCUCUCAGGACCAUGACGUCUGCAAUUUCCUCAUGCAGAAAAAUGUACACAAGUUCAUGAUUGCACUGCUGGAAGCCAAGCACCAGGACAUUUGCUUUUCUGCCUGUGGGGUUCUGCUAAACCUUACCGUGGAUAAAGACAAGCAUGCCAUUCUGAAAGAAGGGGGAGGCAUUAAAAAGUUAGUGGAUUGCUUAAGAGAGUUUGGUCCUGGCGAUUGGCAGCUGGCCUGCUUGGUGUGCAAAACCUUGUGGAACUUCAGUGAAAACAUCACAAACUCAUCAUGUUUUGGCGAUGAAGACACCAACACACUCCUCGUCCUCUUGUCAUCAUUUUUAGAUGAAGAGCUAGCUCUGGGCGGCAGUUUCGACCAGGACCUGAAAAGCUAUCAUAGACUGCACUGGGAAACAGAAUUCAAACCCGUGGCACAGCAGCUUCUGAAGCGAAUUCAGAGUCACCACACGCCCCUGGAGUCCCUGCCUAUCCCUUCUUUAGUCUAACACAACACAGGCUAAUGGCAGAACUGGGAAGUCAGGCCUCCCUCAUUCUUGGGAAGUGGUAAAAGCUGGAACAUUUCUCAGUAUUAACACAUGUUGAGCAUUUAAAGAAACAUACUGAUUUUAGUGAAUAGCCUAAGUAUUUUGAAAGAAAUUUCUUCUUUUCUAGGUAUUAUGGAAAAAUGAAUAUAUAUAUAUUUUCUGCUAUGAGAGCUGUGAGAUGGAAAUAUAUGCAUUUUAAGACUUCUCUUUCUAUUUGCCUGUAAAUCACUUAGAAAACAUCCUUAAAAAUCCCUACCUGACCACUUUGGAGUGAACGCACUUGCAAGUGCGUUCACUCGUCCAGGAACUUCACAGUGGAGAAAUACAGUUUGUCCAUGGGAGGAAUGGUCUACAGGAAGGCACCUGACUGCCCAGGCAUCUGUCCCAACUCUCUCUAUGUCUAAAAAUAAGUGCCUUGCCUCAUAUUAGCAUUUUCUUGUUCUUUUAUUAAGAGAAUGAAUAAGCAGAAGAAAGAGAGAAAGCUGCUUGGAGGGCUCAGUGGUAGAGCACAUGACUACCCGGUUCAAGGUCCUGGGUUUGAUCCCUCAGCAGGGACGUAGGAGGAAAACACUGCUUUAGGUCAGUUUAAUUUUUUUCUUCUGUUUGUACCAAUGCUUGACCUACAUGUUUAUCUGUGUACUCUGUGCAGUCAGUACCUGUGAGGACCAGAAGAGGGUGUCAGAUCUGAGCCUGGAGUUCUAAAUGGUUGUGAGCUCCUUUGUGGAUGCUGGGAAUCAAACUGGGGUCCUCUGCAAGAGCAUCGAGUGCUUUUAACCACUGAACCAUCUCUCCAGCCCCUAUUUUUUUGUUUAGAUUUAAUUUUUUUAAUUUAUGUAUAUUUAUUUAUAUAUGUGUGUCUUCAUAAACAUAUGCCCUGUGUGUAUGGAUUCCCUUGAAUUCAGAAGAGGGCGUCAGAGUCCCCGGAACUGGGGUUACAGACAAUUUUGAGCUGCUGGACUUAGGUGCUGGGAGCCAAACUCAGGUCCUCUAGAAGAGCAGCCAGUGCUUUUAACCACUUAGCCAUUUCUCCAGCCCCAGCCACCUACUUCUUGAAUUAAGUAAAACAGAUGAAAAAGAGUACUUUGCCUUUCUUUUCAUUUGCAAUACACUGAAUUAGAUGCUGUUUUAUCACUGGAUUGUAUUCCAGAGAAACAAUAUAACAGAUUAGAGAGUACAUGCUUAGCUGUGUGGCAUUCCUGUUUGACUUCUACCUCUCUUCUGCUAGCUGCCGGGGGCCUUAACUAAGUAACUAAUUAACAAUUAACUAAAUUUCUUGAGCUUGUAGUACAAAAUGAGAAUAAUACCUCUUUUUUUUUAUUUUAGUGCAUUCAUGAGUCAGGGUUUUUAGAGGGACAGUAUCAAUGGGAUGCAUAUAAAUUUAUGGCAAAGGAGACCAAUUAAAUUGGCUUACUGGUGGGGAAGUCCAACAAUGGCUGUCUGCAGUUUGGAGAAUGUGAUGAGUCAUCGACGCCUAAUGCCUCAGCAGCCUCAGUCUGGUGUUGAAGGCCUGGAGGGUCCCUGGAGAGCAUCUGGUCUUCCGUCAACAUUGGAGACCAAGAAGCUGGGUUCCCAAGUCAGUGAAGGGCAGCAGCAACAGUGACAAAAACCUAGUAGACGGGCUUGCCAGCGGGUGUGAGGGCAGAAAGCAAAAGCCUGUGUUUCCCUCACACCUCUUUGUAUGUGGGCAGCCUCAGGGAGACUUGCUGACCACUGUGGGGGAAGGUUUACCCCCUCAGUUAAGAUUUCCAGGAAAUACCCCUGCAGGCAGACUUGCUCAGCAUGUCUCUUAGUUGGUUCCCGAGCUAAUAAGGUUGACCACACCAUGAACACGCAAGUGAAGUUUCCAGCAAAACAUUCAGUCAGCAGAUUGUAAAUGCACACUGUAAUUAUUAUGAGGGGAGUCUGUUUGCUUGUCUCAAGGGUAAAAUUUGACUUUGAAUAAAUGAUUUAAAAAGA